AUGUCGAGUACCAUUCUCAAAUCUACUAUUCCGGGCUAUUGGACACCUGCCCCAAACUUGAAGAUUAGUGCUGAUCUUACCAGGGAUUUCGAGGAGAAAGAAUGUGUCAUCGAUAUUACCCUAUUUCAAUCCAGCUGUCCUAUAUUGUUGUCCUGCUUUCGAGAGACACUUCGUUUCGUUGAUGCAGCAACUUCUGUUCGAUCUGUUACCCAAGAUGUCCUUCUCACAUUGUCAACCUCUCAAUCUUCAUUUUUGCUCAAGGCUGGGAACGUCAUUCAACUUCCUUCUGGCAUCACCCACAACUCGCCAUCAAUCUGGGGACCAAAUGUUGAUUCAUUCGACCCAUAUCGGUUCCUACCAAGUACUAUGGCAAAGCUAGGCAAGGAGCAGAAGAAACAGCAAGCACAGGGAUAUUUUCCUUUUGAGGGCGGCAAACAUUUAUGUCCAGGAAGACAUUUUGCCACAACUGAAAUUCUUUCGCUUGUCUCAGCUAUUGUUAUGGGAUUUGAGAUUGAAUGCGCAAGCGUGCCAGAGAGAGCCUUUCAAAAGUUAGGUACAGCAGUUAGGAAACCAAAGAAUGAUGUUGAAGUCAGCAUUAAGAGGAGAGAAGGUUGGGAAAAUGUCAAAUGGAGAUUCGAUGUGCAGGGUAAAGUUGAUUUUGAGGCUUUGGUAGGUGAGAAAAAUGAUGUUUGA